AAGUAACACAUAGUUUAAAUUAAAAUUAUCUUUUACAGACAUUACAAUUAACUUCACACAGCCCCGUUUUAUAUAUACCAAAUUUAAAAUAAUGAAGUCAUUACUUUGAAGAUUGUUCAAUAACCGGAACAUGGCUUGUUUACAUGGCUGUCACAUCCUACAGCUACCUGGCUAACCUAGCUUAAAGAAAUCAAAUACAUUUAGGGUGUUUUGUUGGAUAAUUUGUGCCAACAGAUUACUGUGGGACAAAUAUCGUUGAAGGGGAAUGGCGUCAGACAGUGAUCCAUUUCAGUUUCGGGAAUUUGAAGAAGCAGGCAAUCUUUUGGAAGCCAAUAAAGAUGCAGUCACCAUUAGCAUUGGGGAUGAGGACCAAAAGCCCCAGAGACAAAGAAAUGCUGCUGGUUUUGUUCCAUAUGCUGCUAAUGACGACCCACUCAGCACUGAUGACAGAGCAGAGCUCCUCCCCGGACAAAAGAAGAAUGCCCCUUUCUGGACGUUUGAGUAUUAUCAAAGAUUUUUUGACGUUGAGACGCACCAUGUGAAGGAGAGGAUCAUUGGAUCAGUGCUACCAUGGCCUGGAAAGAACUUUAUUCAAAUUUAUCUUCGAAAAAAUCCUGAUAUUUACGGACCAUUCUGGAUUUGCACCACUCUUGUGUUUGCUGUUGCCAUUAGUGGAAACGUAUCCAACUUUGUGUUCAACUUUGGCAACCCAAAUUAUAGAUACACCCCAGAGUUUGGAAAAGUGACCAUGGCUGCUACAGCGAUCUUCAGCUACGCCUGCUUGGUGCCUCUCGCUCUUUGGGGUUUGCUGCUGUGGAGAAGCAACAAGAUCAUGAACUUGGUGUCGUUCUCAUUCAUGGAGAUCGUCUGUGUGUACGGAUAUUCUCUGUCAAUUUACAUACCUGCUGUGGUCUUGUGGAUUCUCCCAUAUGAAUGGUUCAGAUGGUGCUCCAUCGUGGUGGCGCUCUGCCUAUCCGGCUCAGUCUUGGUGAUAACCUUCUGGCCUGCGGUCAGGGACGACCACCCCAAAGUCAUUGUGGCAGUCGUGUCAAUCAUUGUUUUGCUGAACAUCCUUCUGGCUGUAGGUUGUAAGACCUAUUUCUUUAGCAACCCACAGCCACCACUACGGAACAGCUCUCUGGCCACAGUGGCAGUCAAGCCAGCGCCAUCGACUUGAAAGCCUUGCAUUGUAUGAAGGUUCUCCUGUUGCCUUAUUAGAGAGACUCAGGUUGCUGUGCUGAUGAAGUCAUGGGACGUCUGAAUUUCACCCUCAUUUGGACAUUCCAGCUUAACGCCUGUAGAAGCCAGCUUGUACACUUGUUGAAGCAGCAUGACCUCUGAAAAUGAACACUGGUACCAUGUAUGUUAUUUCUAAUGGGAUGGGCUUGAAACCUGCUUAAAGUUAAGCAGGGUAUGGUAUUACCCGGCACACAAGAUCUGCUUGUAGUGUAGUAGUUUUAAGCAUUGUAGUAUCAAGAUUAUUUUUGGAUUGCCAGUUCUUACAUUAAUGGUGGUGGCAUCAGUGACGUUUUGUAUAUGCAUUUCUUUUAUAUACCUAUAAGAGGAACUGGCAGAUCUAUUUUGUGUAGAUAAUAUGAACAUUUACUGGUGAUGGUGAGGAUUAAUUAUUAUGUACCCUUUAAAGAAAAAGGAAUUUUUGUUUAAGGUUAAGUGCUGUCACUUAGUGCCAAAGUUCUGUCCUAAGUUUUUAGGGUAUUCUGUAAAUAUUUUAUACCUCAUAUGUUAUGAAAAAGGCAUAUAAUAAAAUUCACUAUCCAUUCUUAAUUCAAGUGUUUAAUGGUGAGAACUAAAAUGGUAAUUGCAGCAUGCUUUUAUAUUUUUCAAAAAACUCUUCUGUUUUGAAUGUUUUCAAUGAAAUCUACAUCAAACGUGGAAAGAAAAUCCUAAAUUUCAACUAAAGUAAAAUAUUUGAUCAAAUCUAUUUGAUUAAUAUCCAGUGUACGUCAUUUGUUAUAUCAAAUAGUUUCUCUCCAGAUUGCUAAUAAAAAUAUCCACUGACUUGACAAUUGCAUCUAACAGCAGAUGAUUAAAAAGAUUUAUGUAAAAACUU